UUUUUGUUUAUUACCAAACAAGAGUUGAACUUGGAAGCAAAUUGGUGUUAUGAUGGCCAGCUCUAGGCAGUCUGCAAGUUAUAUGGAGGAGUUAAAUUGCCCAAUUUGUCUUGGGUUGUUUAAUGAUCCAGUUACUGUGGAAUGUGGGCACAACUUUUGCAGAUUCUGUAUUAGUAAGGUUUGGAACAGCACUGAAAAACUCCUCUGUCCAGAGUGUAGAGUGGAGUUCUCAGACAAGAAAUGCAUAAAGAACAGACUGUUGGCUAAUCUGGUUGAGACAGCAGUGAAAGUAAAGCAAGGUCAGGGAAAUGAAAGAACUGAUUCUGGGUACGGAGAAGAUGCAGAGAAUCAAGGAGUGAAACGGUGCAAAGCAACUCCUCACUGCAAGGAACAUGGAAAGACUCUAGAAUUGUUUUGUGAGGAAGAUGAUGUCUUGGUCUGUGCCCUGUGUGUCCCUAUACACUACGGUCAUCAUUUUAUAUCCCUUCACGAUGCAGUGGGAAAGUGUCAGAGUAAGUUAAAAACUGUGUCAGCAUCUCUGGAAUCCCAUCUGAAAGAACUCCAGGAACAGCAGAAAAAACAAGAGCAGAAAAUCUCAAGCAUCAAGGAAAAUAUCCAGGAUUUGGAGCAGCACAUUAGAUCAGAAUUUGUCAAACUUCACCAAUUUCUGUGGGAUAAGGAGCAGGAUCUGAUCCUACAGCUCAAGGAGGAAUCAUCAGGAAUUCUGAGGGAGAUGGAACAAAAUCUGUGGGAAAUUGAAAUGAAGACCAGAUUCAUUCAAGAGCAGAUGUCUUCUAUUCAGUCAAAGAUGGAACAAGAGGAGGCUGUGCUUUUUCUUAUGGAUAUCAAGAUGUUUACACAGAGGCUUACAAAAGACCAGCAAGAGAAUGAUAAUAGAAGCAUUGUUUCCCAGGAUCUGAGUCUGGGGGUGUACAAAGGGCCCCUGCAAUAUUAUACAUGGAAACAAAUGAAAUCCUUCCUCAGACCUGGUCUUUCUAAUCUUUCACUGGACACUAAAACAGCACACCCCGAGCUUGUUCUGUCUGAGGACCUGGUCAGUGUGAGACAUUGUAACAAGUGGCAACAGCAUGCUGACAACCCUGAAAGGUUUAAGUGCAGUUUCAGUGUGCUUGGGUCCGAGGGAUUUACGUCAGGCAGACAUUACUGGGAGGUUGGAGUGGAGAACAAGACUCGGUGGAUUGUGGGAGUUGUCAGCGAGUCCAUCAACAGGAAGAGGAGCAUCAGACCAAGUCCUGACAAUGGAUACUGGGUGCUGUGUCUGAGGAAUGGGAAUGACUAUUAUGUUUGCAAUGUGUCACCCAAGAGUCUCGGUCUGAAUGUGAAACUUCUGAGGAUUGGUAUGUACUUGGACUACGAUGGGAGACAGUUGUCAUUUUAUAAUGCUGACAACAUGUCUCACCUUUACACUUUCACACACACCUUCAUUGAGAGACUCUAUCCUUACUUUAACCCUCAGAGUAGUGUUGGUAAAAAUGCAGAAUGCCUAAAGCUGUUUCAUCUGAAAUUGUAAUCUUUACAGGAAACAUCAGUACACUGACAUGAAGGCUGCAAUGAUUUUUAUCUGCUGCUUGAAGAGUAUAUUUGUGUUUUUGCAUACAGUAUGAACAUAUUAGAAAAUGUUUAAUAGAUUUAUGUAUGACUAUAGCAGUGCUGAUGGUGUAUAUAAAUUAAGGAUUCUUCUUGUUGAAUGUCCUUUUGUGAGGCUGUGCCUAGAGUGUUAUAGCACUUCUGGCUUAGGCUAGGUCUUGAAAGUAGACUUUUGAACAUUAAAGCUGUUUGCUUUGAUAUAAAUAUUGGUACUGCUAUCAGAGUGUGAACAGUGUGUAAUGGCUUUAGUUUUCUGACUUUAUUCUCUGUUUGAAAUUAUCCUGAAAAUAAAGAAUACGAAAGCAGA